UUGUUGUUUAUAUCUCAAUCAGAGAGAAAUCUAGUUUUUACAUAACAAUGGCUUUAUUGUGAAGAUGUUCUUCUAUGAUGAUCAAGUGUUGUAACCGUGGAUAAUUGACUGAAUUCUAUGGCUUGUCUGCACUCGGUGUAGUCAGAUUUCUGUAGUUUAUGUGCAGAUUUUAGUGUCAAAUACAGCCCAGAGCCAGCUGUUCUAUCAUUAAUUGUUAUCAAAGGCUUGAAAUUAUUUGGAGUAUUUUCUGAUGUAAAGGUCAAUAUGGCAAUUAUAAAAUACUCCAAUUUUAGUUGUGAUUUGUGUUGGAUGUAGUAUAGGCCCAUACAGUUAUCAAUGGAACUAAAUGUAAAGAAAAGAUGAAAGAUUUGAGUGAAAUGGUGUCUUAGAAAGAAGAAGCCAAAAUGGCAUUUAAGCUUUUGUUAUUACUCCUGUGGGUGUUCACGGACACGGUGGCCAGCAAUAGGUAUAUUGUAAAAACAUUUGAAGGCCCCAUAGAUCGAGGAAUAUUCAACAAAUUGGUCAUUAAUAGAGAAACCAAUGAGUUAUUUCUAGGGACUGUUAACUAUCUGUACAAACUGAACCCGGAACUGGAGAUACUACAAGAAGUGCAGACAGGACCACAAAAAGACGACCCAAAGUGUUCUAUACUAACUAAUCUAACUUGUGAAGGAAACUGUAACUGUAAAUUAAUGAUGUAUUAUACCAAAGCUUUAGUGAUAGAUUAUACCAAUCAGAAACUCAUAAUAUGUUCUACCUUGUUCCAUGGGCAAUGUGAGAGACGGCAUUUAGAUAACAUUACUGUCAAGGAUGAGGUGUCUUUCAUACCCAUAGUAGCCAACAAUGCCACAGCCUCCACAGUCAUGUUCAUCGCUCCUGGUCCUGCUGUUGAGAAAGGAGAACCACAACCUGAAGUGUUAUAUGUAGCAGCCUCAUACACACGUACCGGUUUACCUGCGUAUCGAGACAAAGUGCCUGCGUACUGUAGUCGCUCGUUAACAGACUUCAACCUAGUUUACAAAGGUUUGAUCAAUUUCCGAACUUCUGCAAUAGAGAUUGAAUCUCAACAUCGUGACACCUUUAUUGUACGCUAUGUGUAUGGCUUUGGCUCUGAAAAUUUUAGUUAUGUUCUUACUAUUCAAAAAGCAAGUGUGCUAUCAUCUGGAUUCAUUACCAAAAUUGCCCGAGUUUGUCAAAAUGAUAAGAAUUAUUACUCGUAUGCUGAAGUUGGUCUUAGUUGUAAAGAUCCAAAGACAAAUCUAGAAUAUAACUUGGUUCAGUCGGCACAUGUAGGUAGAAGUGGCACGAAAUUAGCUCGUGAGUUGGGAAUCCCUACAACGGAGGAUGUUCUGUAUGCAGUAUUUUCUAAGGGCGAUCCCAACUCUGUUAAUCCUACUGGAACAUCAGCUAUGUGUGUCUACUCCUUACGAGGCAUCAGGAAAAAAUUCACGGAAAAUAUACAGCAAUGUUUUAGUGGCAUUGGUAAUACAGGACCAGAUCACAUUAUUUCCAGCAACAAAUGUAUAGCUGUUAAUGUGAGUAUAACGGAUGAUUAUUGUGGUGAUGAAUAUAAUUUCCCUGUAUCUGGUACUAAAGAUAUCAAGGCUAAACCUUUACUGCAAUAUACAAAUACCUUUGUUACUUCUAUUGUGACAGCCACUACUUACAACUACACUGUAGCUUUUGUUGGUACAAAAAAUGGACACAUUAAAAAGGUGGCUGUGGAGAGUAAUGCUACUGAGUAUAAGGAUAUUGCUGUGGAAGAAGGUAGUCCCAUAUAUUCUGAUUUACGUUUGGAUGAGGCCAAACAAUAUUUGUACGCUGUCACUGAACGGAAGAUAACCAAAUUGAAAGUACACGAUUGUAGUCAAUAUAAAACUUGCUAUGAUUGUUUGGGUGCCAAGGAUCCUUUCUGUGGUUGGUGUUCUUUUGAAGACAAGGAGAGACGUGUUGAUUUGUGUAGUGCAAGAAUCGAUUGUCAGAUACAAGAUUCUUCCAUGCGGUGGUUAUCAUACAGUGGUCAGCAGUGUACUAAUAUCACUAAAGUACAACCUGAUAAAAUACAGAAAGGUAGAGACUUAGCAACACCAGAGGUGAAAGUAUUCAUCGACUUUCUACCACAGUUUCAGGAAGGUGAACUCAAUUGUGUAUUUUCUAGUUAUGAUAAUGGAAUUCCCAAUCGACCCAAAUACAUCAUAGAAACCAAAGCCACACUGAUGCGUGAAGCAGAUGGAGUACGUUGUGUAACUCCUAUACCCAAUAAACUACCACCUAUUCCCACUGGCCGAGAUCAUAUUGUUAUGCGGUUAUCUGUUCAAUCCAAAAAGAAAGAUGUUGUUUCUACAAAUUUUACAUUCUUUGAUUGUGGUGAUCAUAGCUCCUGUACUAGCUGUACAUUAAGUAAUUUUCCAUGUACCUGGUGUGUACAGACCCAUAUAUGUACGUUUGAACCAGAUCAAGAUUGUCAAGGUCUAGAGUUAGUUACAGGAACACAGACACUGGGUAUAUCUGAGGCACCCGGACCUAAGUCAUGUCCAAGAAUUGAGAUAGCCAAUAACAUGAAGAAAAUUCUUGUUCCUGCUAAUAAAAAUGAAGAGAUAUCUGUGAAAGCUAUCAACUUAUAUAAAUUCCAGAUGCAGCAGUUGAAAUGUUUAUUUAAUUUAAAAGAUGGUCAAGAAGUCAAGGCUCUUAUAACUAAUAACAGUGACAAUUAUAAGGUAACCUGUGCUGCGGUAGAGUUUGAUUAUAUUCCUAAUAUUAAGUCACAGAAUGUACCCUUCCAGAUAUUCUGGGAAGGUGAAAAAGCAUUGGAUAAUCCUACAAAUAUUCAAGUUUUGAUGUAUAAGUGUGAAGUUAUGGCCAAUUCAUGUGGUGAAUGUUUAGCAUUAGAAGAACAGUAUAAGUGUGGGUGGUGUAAAGAUCGUUGUAGUACUGAAGAAUGGUGUCUAGAUAAAAGUCUAACUUGGCUACCAACAAAAAUCUCUGUUUGUCCUGAUCCACAAAUAUCAAGUAUUACACCAACUUCUGGUCCUCUAGAGGGUGGCACCCGUAUUACUAUUAUUGGUAAGGAUAUGGGUCAGAAACAAGAAGAUAUAUCUGUUAAAGUUGGAAGCAAAAAUUGUGAUAUUAUUGAAUUUACUCCACCUAAAAGAGUUGUAUGUUCCACGCCAUCUUAUACACAAGCACAAACAACAUCAGUUUUUGUCAAUGUAUCAAACCUUUAUAAAACCAGUGGAAAUCAUUUCUUUCAUUAUGUGAAAUUGUCUAUAACUGAUAUACAUCCUAAAAAAGGACCAGUAUCUGGUGGUACCAAAGUUACUAUAAGUGGUCAACAUAUGAAUGCAGGUUCUUCAGCUAAAGUGAUGAUUGGUAAUCUACAAUGUGAUAACAUAGAAAGAUUAAAUCAGUCUGAUAUGAUGUGUACAACAACUAAAUCUAAACAUCCACAAACUCAAGCUGCCGUUAAUGUUAUAAUAGAUAAACAAACUAUUGAUGUACCUCAACAACUUUCAUACGAGUAUGUAGAAGAUCCAAAAAUUAGUGGCAUUGAUCCAAAGAAAUCUAUACAGGCAGGUGGUAUUACAAUAACUGUAUAUGGUGAAAAUAUAGAUAGUGUGUUGUCACCAACCAUGGUAUUUCCCGAUGAAAAGAAUCCUAUAGAAGCACCGUGUGAAGUAAAGACUAAUACUAGAAUGAUUUGUCAGUCACCACCAGUAGACAUGGUUACAGGAGAAAAAUAUGAUGAAAUAUCUUUUGGUUUUAUAAUGGAUGGUGUUGAAGAAGUUAGAAAUUUGACUGUUCAGUAUGAUGAUUAUGGAACUUUUCAAGUGUUUCCUAAUCCCAUUUUUACCCAAUUUCCCAAUGGGGUUAAAUCACAUCAAAAUAAAAAUGAAUAUUUGACUAUCGAUGGUGAGAAUAUAAAUUCGGCUGUUCAGAGGGAAGAUGUUAAAGUAAAGAUAGGUCAGGAAUUUUGUAAUGUUACUUCUGUUGCUGCUACUCAAUUAACAUGUACUCCACCUAAAUCUCAACCAGCAGCAUUAAAAGGCAAUGGUUUUCCUGAAGUAGUUGUUUUUGUUGGUGCCAACUUUUCUAGUAAAAUUGGAGAAUUACGAUAUGAAGAACCUGAUGUAUUGUCAUUACAAGCUAUUAUUGGUAUAAGUGUUGGGGCAGCUAUCUUAGUUGUAGCUGUGAUAGCAGUAUUAAUAGCAUAUCUUGUUAAAUCUCGUCGUAGUGAUGACAUGAUGAAGAAAAUGAGAAUUCAAAUGGAUAAUUUAGAAAGUCGAGUAGCUAAUGAAUGUAAAGAAGCAUUUGCUGAACUACAGACGGACAUGACAGAAUUAACAAGUGACAAUGUUGGUCAAGUAUCAAUACCAUUCUGGGAUUAUCGUACAUUCUGUAUGAAGGUUUUAUUUCCGGGACAUGAAGAUCAUAUGGUAGUUAGAGAACUACAGGUUGACAUUAGACACAACAGAGAAGAUAUUGAGAGAGGACUACAACAAUUCUUUCAACUUAUCAGCAAUAAAACUUUCCUACUUAUAUUUAUCCGAACGUUAGAAUCAAAUCGUAACUUCCAGCUCAAAGAUCGUGUAAAUGUAGCAUCUCUGAUAUCUGUUGCUCUACAAACUAAGAUGGAAUAUGCCACCGAUAUUUUAAAAACACUUUUAGCAGAUCUAAUAGAAAAGUCUGUUGAAGGCUUGAAAAAUCACCCUAAGUUAUUACUCAGAAGGAAUGAAUCUGUAGCAGAAAAAAUGUUGACAAAUUGGUUUACAUUCCUACUCUAUAGGUUUAUGAAAGACUGUGCUGGUGAACCAUUAUUUAUGUUAUAUCAAGCUAUGAAACAACAAGUAUCUAAAGGACCAGUAGAUGCCAUAACAAGUGAAGCCAGAUAUUCACUUAGUGAAGAUAAAUUAAUUAGACAACAGAUUCAAUAUAAAAAUAUGACUGUACAUGUUGUAGAUGUAGAUAGUUUAACACAACAGACACAUCCUGUUAAAGUUUUAGACUGUGAUACCAUAUCUCAAGUUAAAGAGAAAAUCUUAGAUGCUAUUUAUAAAAAUGCUCCAUUUAGCAGUCGACCUUUGAAAGAUAAUUUAGAUCUGGUGUAUAUAAUGCCAAAGAAAUUAGUUUUAUUUGAUCAUAAACCAGAAUGGCUGAAUCCUUCCAAUGAAAAAGUACAAGGUUACCUCCCCUCACAGAAAGAUACUCACCGUUUAGUGUUACAUGAUGAAGAUCACACAUCAAAGAUGGAAAGUGAUUGUCGUAGGUUAAACACACUCUCACAUUAUAAGGUUCCUGAUGGUGCUUAUGUUGCUCUAGAAAUAAAAACAACUUAUAAUAGUAGUAUCAUGUCAGAUAGAUCACUCAGAUUUGAUAACUUGUCAUUCUACAACAACAGAAGUCCAUCUUUAAAUAGAACAACAUCUCCCCAAUCUAUACAUGUAGAUGUAGAUAAUGUUAAAAGUUACCAUCUUGUCAGACAUCAUGAUUCUGAUAUUCAGAAGGAAGGUGAUAGAGGUAGUAAAAUGGUGUCAGAAAUAUAUCUUCCACGUUUAUUGGUUACAAAGGGAACAUUACAACAGUUCGUUGAUGAUUUGUUUGAAAGAAUAUUUAGUACAGCUCAUCGUGGUAACGUUCUUCCUUUAGCUAUUAAAUAUAUGUUUGAUUUUCUGGAUGAUCAAGCCUUGUUACAUAACAUCCAGGAUAAUGAAACUGUACAUACAUGGAAAUCUAACAGUUUACCGUUACGAUUCUGGGUGAAUGUGAUGAAAAAUCCUAAUUUUGUGUUCGAUAUAUAUAAAUCAAAUAUUGUUGAUUCCUGUCUUUCUGUUGUGGCACAAACUUUUAUGGACAGUUGUUCAGUGCAUGAACAUGUGUUAGGGAAAGAUUCCCCGUCUAGUAAACUGCUUUAUGCAAAGGAAAUUCCCAAAUAUAAACAGUGGGUUGAUAGGUAUUAUCAAGAUAUCAAGAUGAUGCCUGCUAUCAGUGAUCAAGAUAUGACUGCUAUGUUAACUGAUGAGUCUAGGGUUCAUCAACAAGAAUUUAAUACAAAUGCUGCUUUAUAUGAACUGUAUAAAUAUGUGUUGAAAAACUACAAUGAGUUAAUGGAAUCAUUAGAUGAAGAUGAAUUUGCAAGAAGAAGUAAAUUACGUCAUAAGUUAGAGAAAGUGAAAGCCGCCAUGGAUGGUGAUGCAGUGUGCUGAAGUGCUACUACUAUACAGCUAGUAUAUAAACAAUGAUAAACUGUUUUGAUACAACAGGCAGAUAAAGUGAACAUGUUCUUGUGUGGAGGAGAACAGUUUAAUAACGUGCUCAGUUUAAGUGCCAAUAACUGAAUAUACUGAUUCGUGAUCUUCAUGUAGAUAUAUACGUGUGAUUUAUUAGGAAACAUAACCAUUGACUCAGGACAAUUUUAUAUAUAUACCUAUAUAUAUAUAUAUAUAUGUGUGUGUUAGUUUAUGUUUAAUUGUUUUGGUGCUUUGGUCAUACCAGACGGUCUUGAUUCACAGGAUUAAGUUGGUGCUUAAGCCAGUCUAUGCAUUCAGUUAGUACAUUACGGUGGAUAUAUAUUGACUAGCAGUUAUUUCAUUUUAACAAUCAAAAUAUGUACACCAGCUUUGCAUUUUGUGUGUGUGUGUGUUUUUUUAGUGGUCAUUUUGAAAGUACCAAACUAGAUGUUUUAAAUAAUAAUAACCAAUGCAUUUGAUAUGAUAUAUAUAUAAUUAUAUGUAUUUGACAGCUUACAAUAUAAGUAUAAUAUAUAAAUAAUGAGCUUUAUUACUUAUACGAAUUAUAACAAACAGUAUUGUGUCUUAUAUACAUUUUUUUAAUAAAAAAAAAAAUUACAUUAGAGUUUGUAUUGAAUUAUUAUUCUAAUCAAAAUGGUUAUAAUAUAUAUGUAUGUAUACAGUAUGACAAACCUUUAUUUGCUUUAGGUGAUGCUAGUCAAAUGAUGAAAAUAGUGGCAUGUACAUAAAUAAUAUAUUAACCGUAGGAUUAUCAUCAUACAUCAUAGUAUAUAUAAACUUGUAUAAAACCAUUAAUAUAUAUUCAGUUUGACUUUAGCAUUGACUUUCAAAAAUAACACUAUUUUAGUGACAAAUUAAUCUUGAUCUGAAAGGAUGUUUUACAUAGUAAUGUGCUGUUUAUUUUGUAACUCUCAAGUUGCUGGCUGGAAACACACUUUGUGUUAAAUCUACUUAGCGUGGAUUUCGCUAAAAAAUUUAGUAAGAUUGUUUCAUAGAUGAAAUGCUAAACUUAAUAUACAACUGCUCUGUACUUACACCUAGGGCAGACGAGCGUAUUUUUUCGCCCGAUCAAGCCGAUUGUUAAAAUUGCUUGAAGAAAAUCACCUGUGUCCUUUUACCGCGACAACGAUUCUACUUGUCGCCCAACCAAUCCCGGUAUCUAGCAUAAGCCAACCAUUUUCAUAAGCCAGUCAGAGACAUUAUUGAUAUCACAUGAUCUCAAAAUAGCUUCCUCCACUGCCAAAGCGUGGAGUCUAACGAAAAAAGAAAAAUUGGUGAUUCUUUGGUCAAAAAGGCCUUGCCUGUUUGAUGUCACGAUCACAAUUCCAGAGUUUUAGAAGCAAAUAAAUAACAGCAUGCUUACGUUUUAGGUGAUUCGUCAUUUUGUACAAGUCACAUGAUCAAUGUUAUUUACUCGUAGAGUGGCAUAUGCUCUUGAGACGAUCGCUACGUGUGCCCACUCGUGAUCGGCUGUAAAAAAUCGCUGGCGAUCAGGCAUAAAAAUACGCUUGUCUGCCCAUAGCUUUAAAGUGUUGCUUGUGUAGAGGAACUAUUGUGGAAAGUUUCUUCUAUUCAAAUUGUAGACUAAACAUAAGCUUUAUAUAUCUGAUACAUGUUCUUAUAUUCCUGUAUAUUGAUAUAACCACACUGUUUGAUAUGAAUUAUCAUUUUAAGUCUUAUCACAUGCUUUGCCAAAUGUUCAUGAUUUACAUGAUGAGUAAAACAAAUUCCGUUUUCAUUGGUUCAAUAUCUUCUGAGUGCCUUUUGUGAUUUUAGUUGUUCAAAACUUUUAAAUCAUUGCUAAAAAAAGAUAGAACAUGAACUUUAAUAUACUUAACCAGUUUGGUAGAAAAUGAAUACAUUUAUGAAAUCACCUUUUGUCAACUAACUUAAUCACAAAGUUUUUGUAAAUUGUUUUUAACUGUUUUAUUUGAAGAUCUUAUAACUUUCAUGUAUUAUUACUUGUAUGUAUCACUAAUAUAAAAUGGCAUUUUGGAUGAAUCAAAUGAAAAUUUGAAGCUAAACGUCUUUGAUUUAUGUCAAAAUAAAUUAUAUAAUUGAUUUAAUAUAUUAUAUUAAUUCGAUUAUUAAUGGGACAAGCUUUAUACAAUUCAAAUUUUAAUUUGAAAGAUUAAGAUGGUUUGUUUACUAAGUUCAGUUUCAAUUUUGAAUUAUUCUGUUGACAGUGGCAUACAAAAUAAAUUAUAUCUCAACAUUGGUUUUAUCUAUUGGGGAAAAUUUUUGAACAUAAAAUCUGCUGAAAUGGACACUUUUAUUUUUCACCCAGAUCUAUUAUGGAAGUAAUGUCUUUGAAUUGAAAUCAAAAUUAUGUCUGAUUUCCUGUGUGUUUAGAAAGGUUAAUACAUAGCUUUACUUGUGUUUAUAUGUGUACUGUUAUUAGUUUUAUCUGUCGACUGCUGAUAUAUACAAUAUAAUAAUAAUGUAUGGUUCAGGUAUGUGUAUAAUUGUUAUUGUUAAACUUUGUAUACAGUAGUUAAUUAAUCAGACAAAUGUCGCAAGUUUCUAAUUAGAAUUGUGCCUAAUUAAUGUUGUUAAAAUAUUUCAUGGCAAUUUAAAUAUAUCCUGUUUUUUUCUAUGUUAUAAUACAUAAGGCACGGUAGUAUGUGUGGUAGCCUCUCUUGAGAUUAAAGUUUUUAAUAAUACUACUACUACUAGAUUAUCCUGGAACUGGAGUCCCAAGUUUGGAUGUUUUUUGCAGUCUUUUUUAUUUAUAUUUAAGUAAAUGUGUUAUAUUAAGUAAUACCAUUUAUUAGCUAAUACCUGAAGUACGGUAGUCCAAGACCAUUUUAUUUAUUAUUAAUUUCAUUUUUAUCAGAAAUAUUUUUACAACUACAACCUACUCCAAACUGAUGAAGAGUAUAACAUAAUAACGAAUGCAUGUCUUCCUAAACUUCUAUUUAAAAAACAUUUAGUGAAAUUAUAUUCCUUUCGUCAUCUUUCAUGAAUUAUCAAUUCAAUUUCAGUAUAUUUUGAUAACCAUACAAAUUUUCUAAUGAAAUGUUUUAUUUACGAGGUUAGAAAUUAUAUAUAUUUUUGUAUAUUUAUGGUUAUAUUAAUUAAGUUUUCAAUUAUAUUAGGGAACAUUUCUACACCUGAUUUUAGUUUAUUUGCUGUGUUAAUUGUAAAUUAUGUAUAUAAACAAGAAAAUUCUUUCUUCUGCUAUGCAAUAUAAUCAUGGAACUAUACUUUGCAAUGAGUCAAAAUUUAGGAAUGGCUUUAAAUAUGAAAACGAGAUAUCAUACCUUUUUUCUCUUCAAUUUCAUUAAUAGCAGAUAUUUAUUUUCUUAUCUAUCUUCUAAAUAUUAAGUUAUUUAUAUGCAUGUUUUCGUCUUUUGAGAAAAUGGUUACCAUGUUCCUUGUUCUCUAACAUAACUAUGUCUGCUGUAGUUUUAUUUUAAUUACAUUGUACAGUUUUUAUACUCUUAAAUUUUAUGUAGGAGUAUAUUGUCGUCACUCCUGUAGGUCUGUCCACCAUUCUUGUAAACUUUCUACAGAUCAGAGGUUUUGAAGGUUUUUUUUUUCUUUCUUAACUUGCAGGAAUCAUUCAUUUAAUCUCAUCAAAAUGCAGCAUUUAGUGCCCCUGUGACCUAACCCUUGUAAACACUUAGAUUAAAUGUCUUAUGUUUUUGCAAUUUUAUUCUUAAUGAGAUCACUACUAAAAUUCAGACUUGCCCAUUAAUUUUAAGGCUAACCACAGUUAUUGCCCCUGGCCCUCAAAGUGUGCAUGAAAUAGCAUUAUUUAACGUCUGCUUCCACUGAGGUGAUAUAGCAGACAAAGCCUUGUAAACCUGAAAGCCACCCUUUAAUGCUAAUUUUUAUAGUUUCAGUUCUGAAUAUCAAACAUUUAGAAUUUGUACUUAAUUUAACCAAUAUUCAGAAGCUAUCAAAAUAUACCAACUGUUUUGUAUAAGAAUUUUUUCUUUUAUAAUUUUUUUUUAUAUACAUCAUCAAUGUUCAUAAACUGUAUAUUCAUCAUAUCAUAAUUUCAUAUAUUAUUCUAUACAGAGUUCAAUAUCUGGAAUUCAUUUCAUUUAUUAAAGUUGGCUGUAGAAAUUUGUAUAAAGCUCUUUUAUAUGGAAAUAAAUGAAAAAAGUUGA